AUGGCUACUGAAUUGACCGUCCAAUCUGAAAAGGCUUUCCAAAAGCAACCACACAUCUUCACCAACCCAAAGGCUAAGGCCAACAGAAGAACCAAGAGAUGGUACAAGGACGUUGGUUUGGGUUUCAAGACUCCAAAGUCUGCCAUUGAAGGUUCUUACAUUGACAAGAAAUGUCCAUUCGUUGGUGAAAUUUCUAUCAGAGGUAAGAUCUUGUCUGGUACUGUUGUUUCCACCAAGAUGCACAGAACUAUCAUCAUCAGAAGAGAAUACUUGCACUAUGUUCCAAAAUACAACAGAUACGAAAAGAGACACAAGAACGUUGCCGCCCACAUUUCCCCAGCUUUCAGAGCCCAAGAAGGUGACUUGGUUACUGUUGGUCAAUGUAGACCUUUGUCUAAGACCGUCAGAUUCAACGUUUUGAAAGUUCAAUCUGCUGCUGGUAAAGCCAACAAGAAGUUUGCUAAAUUCUAA